CGAUCCCUAGAAGGAGGCGAGUCUUCCGGGAAAUUUUGACGGCACUGUUUUCUCUGCGCUGCGACCGUGAGCCCCGGGGACUGCAACGGCAGUCUCCACGGCGUCCGGAUUCCUGAGGGUCCACCUAGCAGGCAGACCCCUAGCUCAGCGAGCCGCCCCCUAUUCUCCCAACUGCCUCAGCCUCAAGACUUUGACGAUCGUCAGCUGCUGUGCCCGUCUUUGCCUACCUGUUGCUCCGUGCAUUCCAGAGAUGCCAUCCUGAUGAAGAACUAAUUUUGACCCAGCAUAGUUUGUACCAGGGUGAAGGAAAAGGUUCGUGAGUGAAGGUUGCAGUUCCCAGUGACUCAUCUGCCCCAAGGAUUCUAGAGGGAAGCACACAAGUUACUACCAUUUGAAUAGAUGAUCCCCAACAUGUCACUCUGCUCACGAUGUGUCUUUCCCGCAGUGCCCUGCCUCACCAUGGUGCGCCCCAGUGGCCUUCUAACGUGCCAAGAGGAGCCAGUACCACUGAAGAGCAUCUCUGUGACCGUAUCCAUUUGGGAAUUUGUGGCUGGUGUGUCUGCCACCUUAAACUAUGAGAAUGAGGAGAGCGUUCCUUUGGAGGCCUUCUUUGUGUUCCCCAUGGAUGAAGACUCAGCCGUCUACAGCUUUGAGGCAUUGGUGGAUGGGAAGAAAAUUGUGGCAGAACUGCAGGACAAAAUGAAGGCCCACGCCAAGUAUGAGGAUGCCAUCAGCCAGGGCCACCAAGCCUUCCUGCUGGAGGAGGACAAGUGGUCCGGGGAUGUCUUCUGUUGCAAUGUGGGGAACCUGUUGCCUGGGUCGAAGGUGGCCCUCACCCUGAAGUAUGUGCAGGAGCUGCCCCUGGAAGCAGAUGGGGCCCUGCGCUACGUGCUCCCAGCGAUCCUGAAUCCUCGAUACCACCUCUCUGGAUCUCCUGAGGACAGUUGCCUUGAUAUGAAGACUCCUGCAGUUCCUUUGGAGGACCUGCCCUACACACUCAGCCUGGUUGCCACCGUCAGUUCCCAGCACGGCAUCAAGAGGAUCCAGUCCAACUGUCCCUUGGGGCCUGUUGAGUACCUUGGAGAUAAUAAGACUGCUGCUCAGGUUUCCUUGGCUGGUGGGCACAAAUUUGAUCGAGAUGUGGAACUCCUGAUUUACUACAGUGAGGUGCAUAUGCCCAGUGUAGCUGUGGAGAUGGGGAAGCCUAAAACCAAGCCAGGUAGUUUGAUGGGAGAUCCUUCUGCAAUGGUGAGUUUCUACCCGAACAUCCCGGAAGCUCAGCCACCAGUUACCUGCGGGGAAUUCGUCUUCCUCAUGGACCGCUCAGGAAGCAUGCAGUGCCCCAUGAGUCAAAAGGAUAGAUCUCAGCUGCGCAUAGAUGCAGCCAAGGAAACGCUGAUUUUACUGCUGAAGAGUUUGCCUGUAGGCUGUUAUUUCAAUGUCUAUGGAUUUGGAUCUUCUUAUGAGGCGUUCUUUCCCAAUAGUGUGCAGUACAGUCAGCACACCAUGGAGGAGGCACUGAGGAGGGUUAAGCUUAUGCGGGCCGACCUAGGCGGAACGGAAAUCCUGACACCACUCCAGACCAUUUAUAGGGGUCCUUCCAUCCCAGGCCACCCCCUGCAGCUUUUUGUCUUCACAGAUGGAGAAGUUACAGACACAUUUAGUGUAAUUAAAGAAGUUAAGAGCAACGGUCUGAGGCACAGAUGUUUUUCAUUUGGGAUUGGAGAAGGAGCCUCCACCAGCCUAAUAAAAGGCAUUGCCCGGGUAGCAAGGGGCACUUCAGAAUUCAUCACAGGCAAGGAGAGGAUGCAGUCCAAGGCCCUUAGGGCCCUGAAACAUUCUCUACAGCCUGUGGUAGACGACGUUUCUCUGAGAUGGGAUUUGCCUCCUGGCUUGUCUGCUACAAUGCUUUCCCCAGAACAAACCGUCAUCUUUAGGAGCCAGAGACUGAUCAUCUAUGCCCAGCUGACUGGGGUGAUGCUGUCUGCAGAGGCAACAGGAGAAGUUUGCCUCAAGUACACACUCCAGGGCAAGAGUUUUGAGAAUAAGGUGACAUUUCCUCUACAACCUAAGCUUGAUGACAACCUUACCAUUCACCGCCUUGCUGCCAAGUCAUUCCUCCAGACCAAGGACGUGGGCUUCCAGAAGACCCCAGCAAAGGAUAAAAAAGAUGUGCUGGAUGUCAGCCUCGAGUGUGGAGUCAUAAGCUCCCACACAGCUUUCAUCGCCAUCAACAAGGAGCUCAACCAGCCAGUCCAGGGGCCCCUGGCCCAUCGGGAUAUUCCAAGGCCAGUUCUGUUCAGCACUACUGCUGUGAUGGCACAAUCCUUUGGAAGUGCUCAUGCAAAGGCCUCGUCCUACUGUCCUGCAUCUCGGCCCACAAGGAGCAUACAUCGCUUGGACAUGUCAUACCAACAGAGUCAUGAUUCUUCUAGAUCCAUGAUUGACAAGGGCUUGUACUCUCUAGGACUAUGCGAACCCCAAGCUCUUGGUCAUAGCUCAAAGAAGAAAUGCAAGUCUCCCAAUAAGACCUCUCCUGAGAUGGAAAGGGCUGAUUCUCCCACCAACAGGACCAGCUUGGAAGCUUACCAUACAGUCUUCGGAGAUAAUCAUCUUGUGCAGCUGAUUUCCCUCCAAAGGGCAGAUGGUUCCUGGGAUCUGAACGAAGGUCUGGCUGUGGUCCUAGGUAUGAGUGUGGAAAACAUACUGGCUGCAAUCCCUGUUGAGAGUGUGGAUUCCUCAAGCUGGGCCACGGUCCUGGCGGUGCUCUGGCUGCACGCCAACGGUAAGGACGUGAAGUGUGAGUGGGAGCUUCUGGAAAGGAAGGCUGUGGCCUGGAUUCACAGCCACACAGGCUCCAUCGUACAUCUGCUUGUGAAAGCAGCCACUGAUUUCCUCAAGUCAUCGGUGGACCCUGCCGUCUUCGCCCUUUGAACACACUGUCCACACUCACAAGUGCCUGUCCUUUGCUCCCGACCUCCCCUUCCCCCUGCCUUCUGCUGCGACGUGUUUCCUGUUUCCACCAAUCCCAUCAGCUUGUCACAGAAGUAAAGGGUGCCCACACCUCCGAGCUGCUCUGUCCCGGACUCCCUUCGGAUACGAUGCUCCUCUCCCAGCACGUCGUGCAGCCGGGUGUCAGGGCUCCCAGACGUGCUCCCUUUCUUGGAGGAUUUCAAAGCGUUCACAGGCAGUACUGUUCCUCCCAGGUUCUCCAGAGUGAUAAGCAACAUGCUAAACAGGUGACAAGGACUUCAGACUAAAGGUUGCAACAUUAAUGUUAGGGAAUAUGCCUGAAUCAAAGAAUCCUCUGCCUUAUAACUGCCUAUUCACAUUUUUUUUGGUAUCAUUAAUCUACAAUUAGAUGAGCAACAUUGUGGUUCAUCAUCAAGUCCCCAUCAUCUAGUCCCCACAUCAUCAAGUCCCCACAAUAUACCCCAUUGCAGUCACUGUCCCAUCAGUGUAGUAAGAUGCUGUAGAGUCACUGCUUCACUUUUGAUCUGAUAUACUUCUCAGGACCAGACUGGUGAACUAUGCAAUUAUCUAUUCUUAGAUAGGAUGAAGAGUUGGAGGAGAGGUUGACAGCCAAAAUCGGGAUCAAUAUAACCCCAAGACCACCAAGAGAGAUUUGAGGGAUCCGCUAUGAGAGCUGGCACUGUUGGGGACCUUCUUGUCUGGCUCUCCGGGGCUUUACUAGCCAAUUCUACAGGUCUUUCCUCUCUUGCCUAAGGGGUCUUGGGUUGACUCAUACUUGGGAGAAAGAGAGAGAGAGAUUUCCCUGUAAUCUUAAAACUCUUAGUAAGAGGGCGAUAAUGAUAUCUUAGUCCUAGCAUGAAACCUUGAGGCCCCUAAGUCAGUUUCUGAUCUAGUAAAAUAAAGGAAAAUGUGGGUUUAAAGGCAACUUUGCCUAAGACCUGAACCUGGGUCACUACCCCAUGACGAAGCAACGAGCUCCUGUGAUUACAUCUGAACCCUUACGUCCCACAUACUCUCUCCUACUGGAAAUGACCCUAUUUGAUGUAUUGUCUCCUAAAAUACUAUUGUAUCAAUGUUAAAUUGACUAUCUAUACAUUGCACUUUCUUGUAUCUGAUCUAUUACAGAUUUAUUUACUGAACUGGCAUUUAAAAAAAAUUUUAAUCCUUGUUUUUUCUUCCAUCUUUCCUGAUGCCUCCACUGUUCAUACUGUGUUCUACCCACACCUCCUGGCAUAGGCUGGUUUUUCUGUUUUAUAUGAGGCAAAUAAAGGGCAGUGGUCAGAAAAUUCUGACAAUUCACUAAAA